AUGGCGCCAGAAAGCCAGAACUUUGAUAAUGACGAAAAUGCCCCGCCAAACCAAAUUCCUCUCCAAGAUCUCUCGAAAGCGGGAGAUGCGCUUCACGAGCGUGGGAGAAGCCGCGCCGGGACUGGUCUCUUCUCGCGACCAUCAUUAAUCGGGAGGGGUUCGCGAAGAAAUUAUGAGAGUAUUGCGAAAGAGUCGCCUAUUGAUUCGGCUGGACCGAGCAGGAACCCAUUUAAACCAUCACAAACGAACUAUACAGAAGUUGCUUCGCCGAUUGAUGACCUGGGUGGUUUCGCGCAAGCGAUAUCGUCGGUUGGCCUCAGUUUCAAUGGGCCACAGUCAAGGGCAUCGCCCUCAGACCCAUCACCAAACCGUGACUUUGACGAUGCUGCUUCCGACCUUGACGUUAUACCUCUAGAUCCUUAUGAUCCGCACGAUCCGCACGGCUACAACCCUCCAGGGGACGAAGAUGAUAGGGUACGGUUGACCGAUCCUCGAUAUCUACAACCAAUGAGCGGUGCCACCGGCGCAGAAGAGCGACAUAGUACUGACACCGCUGGUCACUCUGUGCACUUUGGUGGUUCAAGACUGGGCGAUGAUCUUCCUCACCUGGAAGAUGGGAUGGGAAGCCGUCGUGGUAGUAGUGUCAGGGAUCGAUCGCGCUCUCUGUCCCCAUCGGCAUCCACCGGGGCUCUGCAGCGCGCCAGCUCAAUGGUCAAAUCCAUGUCCCAGCGAGUGGUCAACUUGAGUAACGAACCAGAAAUAGUACAGCAAUCGAUUGAAAGGGAGGAGCUUGAUAAAAAUGCACGAAUGGACGGACCGCCGGUCUUGCCAGCGAUGGUAGAUUAUGCACAUGUCUCCAAACCCGAAGCCCAAGCAGCUCGCGAGAAGCGUGCUUCUGGUAGAUCAUGGAGGGAUCGGAACAAUCCCUUUAGAGGCAGGUCCCUUGGAAUUCUGGGCCCGAACAACCCUCUACGACUAUGGUUGUGUGAUAUCCUGGUGAAUUCUUUCAUGGAGCCCUUUAUCUUGAUUGUUAUUGUCAUCCAGACCAUCUUGUUGACUGUUGAAGAUGCGCUUCCUGAUUCCCCCGAUUCAGCGGUAUGGGGAAGCAGCAAGUUUGAUUGGGUUUUCUUAGCCAUUUUCAUCAUUUAUACACUUGAGAUUGGCUCUAAGAUAUUGGUAUCUGGACUUAUCCUCAAUCCUGUCGAGUACAGCACGCUUAAUCGCAGCCUCGGCAUCAGGAAAGCAAUCGCGGAGAAGGGCAGGAACCUGAUUACACCGCAUCGGCAGGGGACGAUCAAGAAAGCAUCGAUGCUCCAGGCCGAGCCCCAAGCUUCAAUCCUGCGAACAUUUACAGGGAUGAACGGAUUGGACCCCGAAGUCUACGAUGAUCCUCUACACAAACGUCGUAUUAGGCUUGCGCAUCGUGCGUUCCUUCGACACUCUUUUAACCGGCUUGAUUUUGUAGCUGUUGUCACUUUUUGGAUAUCCUUUUUCCUUUCAAUCUCGGGCAUAGAGAAAACACAUCAACUGUACAUCUUUCGCAUGCUGAGCUGUCUCCGAAUUUUGCGUCUCCUUGCCAUGACCAAUGGCACCUCGGUAAUUCUUCGAAGCCUUAAGCGAGCAGCUCCUUUGCUCGUUCAUGUCGCAUUUCUCAUCGGUUUCUUCUGGCUUCUUUUCGCCAUCAUCGGCGUCCAGAGUUUCAAAUCCAGUUUCAGGAGAACUUGUGUCUGGGUUGACCCCGCGGGCCAGAACAAUUACACAUUGAACGAUGCAUGGGGUACAUUGCAAUUUUGUGGCGGCUACCUCGACAAGGACACGGGAAAAGAAAUGGCGUGGCUCAACUCCACUGGUGGUGAAACAGGGUUCAGCCCCAAAGGGUACAUUUGUCCUCAAGGCUCUGUAUGCGUGGAAGGUGGCAAUCCUUACAACGGAACUAUGAGCUUUGACAACAUCGUGGGGUCCCUGGAGUUAGUCUUCGUGAUAAUGAGCUCCAAUACAUUUACCGACCUGCUCUACUACACCACCGACACUGACUACCUUCCAGCUGCUCUGUUCUUUGCCUGUGGGUUCGUCAUUUUAAGUUUGUGGUUGGUGAACUUGCUAGUCGCGGUUAUCACGCACUCAUUCCAAGUGAUUCGAGAAGAGAGCAAGCGCAGCGCUUUUGCUGUCCAAAAACUUGAUGCUGUCGACGAAGAUGAGACAUUGUCUCGCAAAAUCAGUCUUCUCAAGCGUAUGUAUGAUCAAACCGAGUGGAUUUGGGUUUGCCUCAUCAUUUUCGACCUUGUCGUGCAAGCGCUCAGAAGCUCCUCUAUGCCUGCCAGUCUAGCCCGAAUUAUCGAUACCACCGAGACUGUUGUCACUAUCAUUCUCCUGGUCGAGAUUAUCUUGCGAUUUGCCUCGGAUUGGCGCAUGUUUCAUCGAAAGCGUCGUAAUUUGACAGAUCUUUUCCUUGCCAUCAUUACCUGCAUCAUCCAGAUACCGCCUAUCAGGAAUUCAGGCCGUGCAUACACGGUUCUCACCAUGUUCCAGAUCCUUCGGGUCUAUCGAGUGGUACUGGCGUUCUCUGUGACCAGAAAGCUGAUCGUGGUCGUAUUCCGCAAUACUGUCGGUCUGCUCAACUUGAUAUUUUUCCUGUUCUUGAUGACCUUUUUAUCUGCAAUUUUUGCAACACAGCUUUUUCGAGGUCAGAUUCCACCUACAGAUCCAAGUGGCACGUCAAUCGUGAUUAGGUUUUCGGAUAUCUACAACUCAUUCCUUGGAAUGUAUAUAAUUCUUUCGAGUGAGAAUUGGACCACGAUUCUGUACAAUGCAACCGCAUAUACAAAUCAAUUCAACACAGCCUGGAUUUCGGCGGCAUUCAUUAUUCUUUGGUUCAUUGUGGCCAACUUCAUCAUCUUGAACAUGUUCAUUGCUGUCAUUCAGGAAAGCUUUGAUGUUUCGGAAGACGAAAAACGAAUGCACCAGGUCAGGGCAUUCUUGGAGCAGAAACAAGUCCAUGGAGCGCCCCAAGGAAACCUUGCACUCUCGAAAAUCCUUCGCAUGGGCCGAGAUUCAGCCCGGUACAAAGAUCCACUUGACCAUGGUCCUGCAGCGUUGGAAAUGUUGCUGAAAGACGCGGUGGUGCAAGAGUUCCUCGAAGAAGAGAACAAGCACCAAGAACAAGGAAGACCGAAGGACACACGAAGAGUGAGCACAAUGCCCGAAGGCGCGACUCAAGAGGCCAUUCAACCAGGCUGGAUCUCACUUUUAUGGACAAAGGCCACCACACUCGUUAUGCGGAGGGAACCAAAUCCUUUCUACUCGAAGCUGAAGUUUUCACGUGCUUACGAGGAGUUGGAUCCGAGGACCAUGGCAAGAGAAGUUGUUACUGCGGCAGAGCAGAGAAAACGGGACCAGCGAGCCUAUCUCGUAAAGCACCCCAACUACAACAAGUCACUGUUCCUCUUCUCGCCGAAGUCUUCCGUUCGGAAGAUUUGUCAACGAAUUGUCGGCCCAGGGCGCGGCCAUCAACGAGUUGAAGGCGUGGAUCCAUACAAGCCGGUGUGGUAUGCGUUUUCUGCUUUCAUUUAUACAGCUAUUGUCGCCAUGGUGCUUCUCGCCUGCAUUACAACACCCUUGUAUCAGCGGCAACAUUUCCGCAGGGACCGCAACUGGUUCGUCUAUACUGACUUGAGCUUUGCUGCUGUGUUUACUAUUGAAGCGACAAUCAAAGUGAUUGCUGAUGGGUUCUUCUGGACUCCAAACGCGUUUUUCCGCAGUUCUUGGGGAUUCAUCGACGGAAUCGUGUUGAUCACGCUGUGGAUCAGUGUUGGCGGCUCCCUUAAACAGGACUGGAGUGUUUCCAGGGCCAUUGGCGCCUUUAAAGCGCUGAGGGCCUUGCGCCUUCUGAAUGUCAGCGACAGCGCCAAGGACACGUUUCACUCUGUCAUCAUUGUCGGGGGAUGGAAGGUCAUUGCUGCCGCUGCGGUUUCUAUGAGCUUCCUCAUACCGUUCGCAAUCUAUGGAGUCAACCUUUUCAACGGGCAGAUGGCCAGUUGCAAUGACGGUGAUUUCUCGGGAGACCUGGUCAACUGCGUCAAUGAAUAUGCCAGCUCGCCAUACAAGUGGGAGGUGCUUGCACCACGAGUGGCUGGGAAUUCUUUCUAUGACUUUGAUAAUUUUGGUAACUCCCUCUUCAUUUUGUUCCAAAUUGUCUCCCAAGAAGGCUGGACCGAUGUACAAGAACGUGCAAUGAGUAUCACUGGAAAGAUGACUCAACCAAUCGAUCUAGUGGCGCCGGAGAACGGGUUAUUCUUCGUGGUGUUCAAUUUACUUGGAGCUGUGUUUGUUCUGACACUAUUUGUGUCUGUGUUCAUGCGCAAUUACACAGAACAAACUGGUGUUGCCUUUCUUACAGCCGAGCAACGUUCUUGGUUGGAAUUGCGGAAACUUCUCCGACAGAUAUCGCCCUCAAAACGAUCCUUUGAGAACCAGAACCAGAAGUUGCGGCUGUGGUGUUAUCGAAUUUCCGUUAAGAAGCAUGGCCGGUGGGCGUGGUUCGUGACUUGCACCCUUGUGGCUCACCUGCUGUUACUUGUGCUGGAAUACUAUGGCGAGCUUGCCUGGUGGGAAUUGGUUCGAGCUGUCAUAUUUUUGGCAUUCAUGUGUGUCUACGUUGCAAAUGUCUUAAUUCGACUGAUUGGCCUUGGGUGGCAUCGGUUCAGCCGAAGCUCAUGGGAUUUGUUCUCUCUCAUAGUCGUUCCUGGCGCUUUCGUCACCUCCGUCCUUGACAUUGCAUACAACGAAGAUCAUAUCGUGGUGAAGCUCAACAAGCUUUUCCUUGUGUCUGUUGCUUUGUUGCUUAUUCCAAGGAACAACCAGCUUGACCAGCUCUUCAAGACAGCGGCAGCCAGUUUAUCCGUGAUUGGAAACCUUCUAGCUACCUGGUUCGUUCUGUUCUUAGUGUUUGGCAUUGCAAUGAACCAGGCGUUCGGUCUCACCAAGUUUGGUGAAAAUGAGGAUCACAACCAGAAUUUCCGCGAUGUGCCCAAAUCACUGAUCUUGCUGUUCCGAGCAAGUUGCGGCGAAGGGUGGAAUCAGUACAUGGAGGACUUCGCCACUAUGACUCCGCCCUUGUGCACGCAGAACUCCAACUUCCUUGACGACGACUGUGGAAGUGCGCCGUGGGCUCGAACACUCUUCAUUGCAUGGAACCUGAUCAGCAUGUACAUCUUCGUCUCGCUGUUUGUUUCAUUGAUUUUCGAAAGUUUCUCCUAUGUCUACCAGCGGAGUAGCGGACUCUACGCGAUCAGUCGCGAAGAGAUCCGCCGGUUCAAACAGGCAUGGGCCACGUAUGAUCCAGAUGGGACAGGCUUUAUAUCCACGGAGCAGUUCCCUCGACUACUCGGUGAGCUCUCUGGUGUCUUUGCAAUGCGAAUCUACGAGGGGGAGUUCUCGGUUGGACAUAUCCUGGAAAAAUGCCGGAUCGACCCUCAGAGGAACUCAAUGGGUUCUUACGCAAGAAACUCGAUGGUCUCGCUGGCUGAGCCACACUCAAUGCGGCGAAACUCGCGUGUCUCGUACGGUGUAGAUAUCGAAGAGCUCUCUCGGAUCAUCUCGCGGAUUCCAGUUCAAAGCAUUCGAGAGCGGCGCAAACGAUUGAAUACCUUCUACGAAGAAAUUCUUGUGUCAGCCGACCCCGAUCGUGGUAUCUCCUUCCACCAGUGCUUGAUGAUCCUCGCACAUCACAACGUGAUUAGCGAUAGCAAGAGUUUGCGCCUUGAAGAAUUCUUACGUCGUCGAGCACGGCUGCAACGGGUGGAUGAAGCUGUCCGUCGAAAUACCGUCGUCGGUUUCUUUGAUACCCUAUACUGGUCACGCGAAUUCCGUCGCAAGAUUGACCGCAAGAAGAAUGGCCGGAUGAGUGUGGUCCCGACAUUCACUGUGCCGGAGAUUUUUGUCGACGAUCCAGUCGAGGAGCACGACGAGCCAGCUUCCGGUGCGAUCACACCCCAGACCCAACCCGACUUGGACGGAAACUUCCCCCCUAUGCUCUCCCCCGUCUCGCACCACAGAAGAGCCGAGUCCAGCCCAACUGCACACCGCAAUGCUCUACCUCGCAUCAAUACCAAUUUGAGCGGGUCAGUAUCCGGCUCCAGCACACCUACGAGGGAAUGGUCGAGUAUCAGUCCCUCAAUCACACCGCGUCACAUGUAUGGGGAUCGCACUUCGUUCGAUGCCGGCGAAACGCAUGAGGCGCUUUCGGUUACCGAUCCUUCGCGUCAGAAUAACAGUAUGAAUGUACAGGAUGUUAUGCAUUCGCUAGAUAACUCUGCCUGGGGUGAGAGUAUCCGGCGAAGCUUCACGCAGCGACGAUCGGGUGAUCGCACUUCGGAAUAA